AUGCAUUCUAUUACUACCAUUGUAUUGAUUCUUAUUGUGUAUUUUCUUGAAAUAACUCAUAGUAUUGAUUUUCAAUCUAAUCGACAGCUUGGAGCUAUGGUAUUCUAUUUAUCUGGUCAAAAUCCAUAUGAUUUUAACAAUUAUGGUUGUUGGUGUAGUAACAAAGAUAAACCAAUUCAUACUCCAUUAGACGAACUUGAUCAAUGUUGUCAAACAUAUCAAACAUGCAAUAUUUUUAAAAAAACUGAUUCUAUUCCUUAUCCACAUAAAACUUCAUUUGAAGAUGGAACAAUUGAAUGUUUAAAUAAUAAAAAUACAAAAGCACAUCAUCAAUGUCAAUGUGAUCUUGAACUUGCUCAAUGUCUUUAUAAACAUCAAAGCGUAUAUACAACGAAUUUAUUAUAUAUAUCGGAUAAUAAAUGUAAUCCAGGCAUUAUACUUAAUUUUGAUGAUUUAUUGACAAAUACUACUUCAAAGAAUAUUCCAGAAAAUUAUCAUAAUUUCACAUUUACUGGUGGACUUUAUACAGCUGGUAAAGAUACAACUAAUCCAACACGUCCUAGUGGUUAUGCUACGGCUAUGAUUAGUUCACCUAAUGUAUUAUUUAGUCAAAAUCAAAUGAUAAUGAAACAUAUUGAUGGACAACCAUUUUCUGUUGUUUCAUUUUCUGCAGCAUCUGCUUUUGUUCCAAAUUUGAAAUUGACUUUAAUUGGUACACGACAAUAUUCACCAAUAGUUUUCAAUGAAACUGUUUCACUUCAAAUUGAUACUCGUCAAAUUAUUGAACUUAAUUGGUUUGAUAUUGAUACAUUAACAUUCAUUGGUACAGGUGGUACAAACUAUCCAACUUAUACAGGAAACUGUGGUAAUUGUCAUUUUGCUAUUGAUGAUCUUCGACUUCGUCUAUAA